UAGAGCUGGAAUAGAGGGGAAAGAUAUUGGGAGAUGAGACUGAGAAAUCAUGCAUAUGGAAAUUGGAAAUAUUUGGCUUUUAUUGCAAUGAUGAGAAAUUGUGCCAGCGAGAUAGAAACAAAAUCAGAGAGGAGCACGAUGGUGGUGGUCGCAGCUAAAGCGAUUUGGAUAUAACUGAUGUUCAGGCGGACGAUUUAGAAUAUGGAUACAGUUAUGGGUUAAUUAAGGGUUUAUUUAAUUUAAUUUUUGUUUAUUAAAAGGAGAGGACAAUGGCAGUAGGUGGCAGUAAUCUUCAAUUUACUAAACACCAUAAAAUACCGAAGAAGAAGAAUAACUUUUAUUGUGAAAUCUCCUUCUUUAACGCCAACCGGAAGUAACUGAGUGCAAUCUUUGUUGCUUGUUUAAGAAUUCUUGCUAAGUUCACAUUCCUAGCUUGAGACUCAUCUGACAGCUUUGGUUGAUAACGUUAUGGCAUAUAUAUCAUUAAGUAGUUAUAGAUUCUAAAUGUAAUUUUUCUGCGUAUGAAUGAAGCUAGAAAUUUGAACGUUUUUGAAUUCGAGGAGAAGGAUUAAGAUAGCCAAGAUGAAUCUUGAAAGGCUGCGAAAACUUGUACGACAGUAUAUCGAUCAGCAAGAGUAUCAAAGUGCCCUGUUUUUUGCAGACAAAAUUGCAUCAUUGUCACAUGAAGACCCGCAGGACAUCUAUUGGCUGGCGCAGUGUCUUUAUCUGACGUCACAAUAUCACAGAGCCUCUCAUGCACUUCGGUCACGCAAACUGGACAAGUCUUAUGCGGCUUGUCAGUAUCUUGCUGCUAAAUGCCAUUACGCUGCCAAAGAGUACCAGCAAGCCCUGGACAUCCUGGACAUGGAGGAGCCGGCCAGCCGGAGGCUGCUGGACCGGACUGUGAAGGAGGAGGCCGGGCUCCGUGAGGCCAGCCAGGACUGGGGCAUGUCCACUGCGUCUAUAAACAGCUUCAUCUGUCUGCUCCGGGGGAAGAUCUAUGAUGCCAUGGACAACAGGCCCCUGGCCACGUCCAGCUACAAAGAGGCCUUGAAACUGAAUGUGUUCUGCUUCGAAGCUUUCGACCUGCUAACCUCCCACCACAUGCUCACAGCACAGGAAGAAAAGGACUUCCUGGACGCGCUUCCCCUCAGUGAACAGUGCACGGAGGAGGAGCAGGAGCUUCUGCGCUUUCUGUUUGAGAACAGGCUGAAGAAGUAUAACAAGCCCAGCAAGGUGGUCGUCCCGGAAACGGUCAGCGGCCUUCAGGACAACCUGGAUGUUGUGGUCUCCCUCGCCGAGAGGCACUAUUACAACUGUGACUUUAAAAUGUGCUACAAGCUGACGUCUAUGGUGAUGGUGAAGGAUCCAUUCCACGCCAGCUGUCUCCCGGUGCACAUAGGAACGCUGGUUGAGCUCAGCAAAGCCAACGAACUCUUUUACCUCUCACAUAAAUUGGUGGAUUUGUACCCAAAUAGUCCCGUGUCCUGGUUUGCAGUCGGGUGCUACUAUUUAAUGGUGGGCCAUAAAAACGAGCAUGCACGUAGAUAUCUUAGCAAAGCCACCACCCUGGACCGGACGUACGGGCCGGCGUGGAUCGCGUACGGUCACUCCUUCGCUGUGGAGAGCGAGCACGACCAGGCCAUGGCGGCAUACUUCACCGCUGCACAGCUCAUGAAAGGGUGCCACCUCCCCAUGCUGUACAUUGGGCUGGAGUACGGCCUGACCAAGAACUCCAAACUGGCCGAGCGCUUCUUCAGCCAGGCCCUGAGCAUCGCGCCCGAGGACCCCUUCCUCAUCCACGAGGUGGCCGUGGUGGCCUUCCAGAACGGAGACUGGAAGACUGCAGAGAAGCUGUUCCUUGAUGCGAUGGAGAAAAUGAAAGCCAUCGGAAAUGAGGUCACUGUGGACAAAUGGGAGCCGUUGCUGAACAACAUGGGUCACGUGUGCCGCAAGCUGAAGAAGUACGCCCGGGCGCUGGAGUACCACCGGCAGGCCCUGGUGCUCAUCCCGCAGCACGCCUCCACGUACUCCGCCAUCGGCUACGUGCACAGCCUCAUGGGAGAUUUUGAGAGCGCCAUCGACUACUUUCACACGGCACUUGGUCUCAAACGGGACGAUUCCUUCUCUGUGACCAUGCUCGGCCACUGCAUCGAGAUGUACAUCGGGGAAACGGAUGCCUAUAUCGGGACGGACAUUAAGGACAAGCCGCGGGGCAGCCUGAACACGCCGGCGCUGAUCGAGGUGUUGAACACGUCGGCGGACGGCAGUGAGGCUCGCACCACGCAGCCCCUGGAGGAGAGCGGCAUCAUGGCGCUGGAGACCUCGCCCGCCAACCCCGAGAAGCCGGCCGACACCCCCUUCCCCCGCACCCUGUCCCCCUCCGAGCUCUCCUUCCCCCGCUCGCUACCCCCGGACUGCUUCAUGUACGAGAGUGACAUGAUGCUGGAGACCUCCAUGUCCGACACCAGCAUGUGACCGCCUCGGAUUGGCCGAAGAUUCCAGCCCCGCCCACCUCCCUGUGUAUGGGCUGUGGUCUCCUGGGAAACGGACCCCCCCCCCCCCCCCCCCCCAAUGACUGACCGGGACGGACAGAGCCCCCUGUGUGGCCCACCUGUGGAUUUUCACUUUGAAUAAAUAAAC